UGCAACUCCACUCACUCACUCCACCAAUUCCGAGCUUUGCAAAAUAAUACUAUUUCUGAAAAAUCAUUCAUCCCAUUCCUUCAUAUUUCCAUUCGAGUAGAAGAAAAUAUAUAUACAAACAUUAAUGGAAGCACAAAACAUAUCCGAAUUCGAUCUGGCUUGGCUCGAUUCCAUACAAAACUUUCUUUUCAGCGAUUUCGAUUUCGUUUUCGAUUCCUCACCUGCAGAUUCACCGCUCAAUGCGACGCUGAUCACAGACGAGAGCGAUCAUUCGUCGCAGAUGAUUGAGGAGCUGCUGAGUGAUGAGAGUGAUUCCGCAGGGUCGGAGGAGCCGCCGCAGAGCGUUGCGGCGGCGGAGUGGAAGCGGUACAGAGGCGUGAGGCGGCGGCCAUGGGGGAAGUUCGCGGCGGAGAUAAGGAAUCCGGAUAAGAAAGGGGCGAGGUUGUGGCUGGGGACGUACGAGACGCCGGAGGAGGCUGCCGUGGCCUAUGACAGAGCCGCCUUUAAGCUGCGCGGAUCUCGGGCUCGGGUCAAUUUCCCGCACCUAAUCGGGUCGGGUGUCUCGGAGCCGACCCGGGUGACCAAACGGCGCCGUUCCUCGCAAGACCAGAAGAAUUCAUUUUCGCAGUCGUUGAAACAUGCGAGAAAAGAAAAUGAAAAUUGAUGUAUAUUCGCCCGGGAUGAGAUCCAGUGUCCCACAAUUUUAUGUGUGCCACUGCGUCCCAUUCUUAUAUCUAUUAUUUUAAAAAUAUUUUUUAUAAAAAUAAAAUCUAUUAUGAUACUA